UUUUUUUUCUUUUUUUUGGGCUAUUUUCAUUCAGCUCUUGCUCCUAGAGUUGAGAUCGGUCAGUUGUGGCCGCCUAAGGGCAUUUAUCCUUUUAAUCCUUUUAACAUUCCUUUGAUAAAUACUAUUAUUUUGGUUUCUUCUGGGUUGACUAUUACAUGGUCUCAUUAUUCUUUCAUUAGCAAUGAUGUUGCGGAGAGUAAAAAUAGGUUAAUAAUAACUAUUUUUUUAGGAGUUUAUUUUUCUUGUCUUCAAUUAUUUGAGUAUAUUAAUGCUUCAUUUACUAUAGCGGAUUCUAUUUAUGGUUCUACUUUUUUUAUUUCUACGGGGUUUCAUGGGAUUCAUGUGAUUGUUGGGACGACGUUUUUGGUUGUUUGUUUAAUUCGUUUAUUAAGUAUGCAUUUUUCUUUUUAUCAUCAUUUUGGAUUCGAGGCUGCCUCUUGAUAUUGGCAUUUUGUUGAUGUAUGAUUAUUUUUAUUUAUUUCUGUUUAUUGA